AAAAACCACACAAGAUCCUCUUAACACUCAUCAUCUCCAACUCACUCAAACACAUAUAUACACACUAAUACUUUUGUCUUUUUAAAACUCAGUACAGAGAGAGUAUUUAUUUAUAAUCAAUGGCUUCUUCUUCUUCAUCUCUUCUAGUUACCAUAUUCCUCUGUUUGUCUUUCUUAUACUUCUUGUCCGUAGAUGCAAAUGAGGUUGCCGUCGGUGGAAAAGCCGGUGACUGGAAGAUCCCUCCUUCCGCUUCUUUCUCUUUCAACGAAUGGGCUCAAAAAGCUCGUUUCAAAGUCGGGGACUUUAUUGUUUUCAAGUACGAAGCCGGUAAAGACUCUGUUCUCCAAGUGACACGAGAAGCUUACGAGAAGUGCAACACCACGAGCCCUAAAGCCAGCUACUCGGACGGAAACACAAAGGUGAAGCUAAACCAAUCCGGUCCGCUUUACUUCAUCAGUGGAACAGAGGGUCACUGUCAAAAGGGUCAGAAGCUACGCCUAGUUGUUGUCACUCCUCGUAACUCUGCUUUCUCUCCAGCUCCUUCACCAUCUGAGUUCGACGGUCCCGCCGUAGCUCCUACUAGUGGUGCCGCUAAGCUCACUGGCGCAUUCGCCGUCGUCAGCCUUGUUCUUGGAUUCUGGACCUUCUGAAGCUUUUCUUAUAGAAGAAAAAUUAGUUUGAAUUCUAUUUAUUAAUUUUCGAACAUGAAGCAGAGAUCAGAUCACCGUUGUUUCGCUAGUCUUGUUACUUAUUAAAUUAAAUGAAUUAAUUAUUUAAUCGGCUUUGUUCUUCCU